AUGAAGUCUUCCCUUGUGCUGACAGUGCUGCUGUCCUUACUAGUGGCAAAGCUACGUCGUGGUUACUGUAUUGAGUCUCUGGAGCAACAGAUGCCCAGCGGAGUCCAAACAAAGGUGAGGCAAACUGAAAUUUGGAAACAAACGAACCCAAAUCUCUAUAAGCUGCCACUAUCCUUGCUCCGACGAUUGUAUGGUGGCCAAGGGAUAUCUUAUGAGGCACUGCUCAGGCUAUCAGGCAAAGAAGAAAUCAAUCCCCAGACCCUUGCCUCUUCCCAGAAACGAGACAUGCAUGAUUUCUUUGUUGGACUGAUGGGCAAAAGGACCAUAGAGCCGGGUGUCCUCCUUAUUAGGAAUGGCUAUCUCUGCCGACCACCACAAGAUUACUGUAAUCAUUAUGGAAAUUUGAUAUUCCUACAUCUUUUCUCAAUUACAUUUUAUGCUGUACUAUAA